AUGACAUCUAAACUUUCUUUCUCGUUUAAUCAAAAUCAUAGCAAAACAUAUGAUAAUCUUGCUAAAGAAUCCGUAUUUGAGUACCAUAUUAGAAGAAAAUCGUGUUACUGCUAAUUAUGCGGAUAAUUAGGACAUUUUUAAAUGCAAAAUUCUAAUUUGCCUACUCUGAGAGAACUUCAAAUCAGUAAUUAGUAGAUAAUCAAAAGAAGGUAGAGUUUUGGUGAUGAUAUCAAAACUCAAAUUCCUAGUGAAUUGAGUUACAUUGAUAGUGAAAAUGGAAGACGAAUUCUGUUAUCAAAAAGGUCAAUUUCAAUAACUAAUAUGAAUGUACAGGGAUCCUUAAAAUUCGAAUAAAAUUUUCGAGAAAAUAAUAAAAGAAUAAAAAGAGCUAGUUGUGAAUGUAGUGAAUGUGGAAAGCUUAACUAAUUUUAGAAAAAAAAUAAAGAAUUAUCGAUUCCAAAAAAAGAAAGAAAGCUUAAAUAGUUUUAAAUAAAAAGCCAACGAUAAUUCUAACAAUAUGGAUCAACAGAGUUCUAGAUUAACAAUAAGAACAAUAUUUAAAAGGCAAUAAUGUAAUCUCCAAAAAGUUUAAGAACAUUCUAAGUUAGAUAAAUUAAUGAAAUGAGAAGAACUAAAGAUGUUAACAAACUAAUAAAUAAUCGUAUAUCAACAAGAGAUUUAGAACAACCUAAAUAAAACUAAAAUAAAUUUUCUAUAAUUAAUUCAUGUCAACAACUAGAUUCUCCAUUAAUGCCGAAAGUAAAAUCUCAAAGAGAAAAUAUACAUAAACCAGUAAUGUCCUUUUUCUCUAAUACAAAAUGGAAGUUCUGA